AUGGCCUCAACACUUGAUCUCGCUGCGGAUGAGUUUCUCACUUGUGAGAUUCAUUCCGAGAGCACCCUACCACUUCUGAGCUAUUUCAUCUACAUUUCAGGCUAUGGUGAGACGCUUACCUACUAUCGCUUCAACGAGCUUCUGCAGGCAAAAGACUCCAAGCUGCUGUCUCUCUUCCCGGGUCUCCGUGAAUGCGAGAAAGGCAAGACGUGUGAUAAGCUGUUCACAGAUGCUGUUCGAAAGGUUGUCGAUGACUUUUGGGACGCCUACGAUGAGGCUGCAGAUGAGAUCUCGUUUCCCGAGAAGAUUCAAGUGAAAGCUAUCAAAGAUGCAUAUGUCGCCAUCACUAAGAAGUAUGAUAGCUACACGCUAUGGUCUUGCUUGACUGAUAAGGCAGGGUGGACUGAAGAUGCUAUCAAUCUGUAUGAUCUCGGUAACGCUCAUGUCGUCUUUGAAAAUGGCUUCAUUGAGUCGUUCAAGGAUGCGUUUUUGUCAAGUAACGAAGGUGGCGAACAGGCCGGCAUGAAGCAGCUUCAAGAGGGAAUGGAUGCCAUACCCAACGCCAUCGUCUCCAGCGAGAGAGGAGAAAAAUCGUUGGUGGAUGACAUCAUCUAUGGUGCCCGAGUCACUGAGAUAGGCAUCCCUGAACAAUCGGACCCCCAAAUCCCUCGCCAAGCUCCGGCCAAGGUGACCUAUGAAGUCACAGCCAACAGCUUGAAGAAAUCCAUCACCUCCGACUAUCUCAUUCUCGCCAUUCCUUACACCGCGCAGCGAACAGUUGCCAAGUCCAAGCCCUUUGUUCCUAUGCAGGAAAUGGCAGUUCGAGACGUUCGCGACGUGAAAGUCACCAAGAUUCUUCUUCAGUACAAGAAGAGAUGGUGGGAGAAGGUCUUCACUGAGGCGGGUCAAGGCCUAGACGGCGGUCUCGUCAGCGAUCUUCCUAUCCGUUAUACCAUGUUCCCCAAGACAGAAGACAACACUCAGUUCAAACAUUCAAAUCGCGGUGCCAUCAUGGCAGCAUAUACUUUCGAGCAAGAUGCCACUAUCCUUGGAUCCUUCUCCCCAGACCGGCGAAUUCAAAUUGCCGCUGAGAACCUGAACAGGAUCUUCCCCAGUGCCAAGUCGCCGGACCUUCUCGAAGCUGGGGCAUCUCAGGUCUUUCCAGCUGAUGAACUAGCGCAUUCUGCUACUUCGGCCCGAUGCAAAAGACCAAGUUCUUGGAUACCAUGCAGAAGCCUGACUGGGAGAACAGAAUAUUCUUUGCGGGUGAGCAGGCUAGCUUUACUCAUGGAUGGAUCCAGGGCGCUUUUGAAGCUGGGCUUCGAUGUGUUCAGCAAAUGUGGUCUGUUGCUAUUGAGGGUAAGGCACAGUGAGCAAGAGAAUGCAAGGCUUACACGCGUGGGUCCCAAGACUCAAGCCCGGGAGGAGCCAGAUUCGCAAGUCCUGUCUCAGCUUAGGUAG